CGUGCUACAUAGAGUGUAGCUCUGUGACACUCUGUCAGCUGAGUCAGCUGUGUGGAAAACGAGUUUUCAAAUCAAGGGUUAGACGGAAGGGUUAGCAUAUUCCAGCGAAUUAAGGAGCAACAAUGAGGAAAAAAAUCUGAAUAUUUAAAUAAUUGAUCGAAAGGAUUGGAAAGUUAAUGUUACAAGAAAAGAAGAGGGAAAAGUCAGUAAUGAAUAUCUUACUAUAACAUUGGAUGUAUAGACAAAAAUAUUUGUCACAUGUAACCUCCUCGAAGAGAGAUUGAAGACGCAAGUCCACCAUCCAGUGGAGCAACACGACAUAAUCUCUUCCCCCUCUUAAACGUCACCACAUUCACCACUCGCCAAUUUCGCCAUAUGGCUGUACGUGCAGUUCUUACGUGAAACUAUUGACGUGUAUCGACACAAUGAUUUCAAUUUACAACCUUAAUCCGCAGUACAGUCGGAAAUGCAAGGAAUUUAUCGAAUAUGGAACCGCUGGCUUUAGAGCAAACUCAGACAUCUUGGACCAUGUUAUAUACAGAAUGGGUAUGCUAGCUGUGUUACGAUCCAAAGUAAUGAAAGCCACCGUAGGUUUGAUGAUUACCGCGAGCCACAACUUGGAGCCCGACAACGGUGUCAAGCUUGUCGAUCCAGCUGGCGAGAUGCUCGAGGCUUCUUGGGAGAAGUACGCGACGCGUCUAGCUAACGCCGAGGACAGUGAUUUGGAAUCGCUGUUGAUGGAAAUAAGUCACAUAGAGUUACCUAGAAAUCCUAGGGAAGACCUAGGGAUAGAGGAGUAUAGGGGUGAGGUGAUAAUAGGAAAGGAUACUCGUGAAAGCAGCCCCAGGCUGGCUGAAGCUGCAAAAGAAGGGGUCCGUGCUUUGAACGGUCACUGUACAGUUUUACGUAUGGUCACAACUCCACAGCUGCACUUCAUCGUGGUGUGCAAAAACACUAACGGUGCCUAUGGCGAUCCUUCGAUAAUGGGCUACUUUUCGAAGCUGACAACGGUGUUCAAGAGCAUACGAGGCGCCGAGAUAAAUAACGGGAAGUACACGGGCGUGCUGCGGUUGGACGCCGCGAACGGCGUCGGCGCUUUCGCAGCGAUGGCAUUUCAGAAGGAACUGGACGGUGUGCUGGAUAUUAAGUUGUUUAACGCAAAUUUUGACGGAAGCAGGGACUUGAAUUACAUGUGCGGCGCGGACUUUGUCAAGGUGCAGCAGGCGUUGCCACGGAACGUCCCGUCUGAGGCAGGCGUCAGAUGCGUCAGCAUAGACGGGGACGCAGACAGAGUGGUGUACUUUUACGUGGACGAGGACGACAAGUUUCAUCUCUUGGACGGGGAUCGCAUAGCGACGCUGGUGGCCGAAUACUUCAAGGACCUGCUGGAAACGUGCGCCUUGGACCUGCACUUGGGCCUGGUGCAAACCGCGUACGCCAACGGCAGUUCAACCGAUUACAUCCGGGACGUGUUGAAGAUUCCAGUGGCGUGCGUGCCGACCGGCGUGAAGCAUCUGCACGAGAAAGCGAAGGAAUUCGACAUUGGGGUCUACUUUGAGGCAAACGGGCAUGGCACCGUCGUCUUCAGCAAAACCGCUAAGAAAUCCAUCGAGCAACAAGCCGCGGACUCGAGGAUCUCGGAUUCGCAAAGGAAGGCCGCCACAAAGCUGAGGGACGUAAUCGAUUUGAUAAACGAAACGGUCGGCGACGCGUUGAGCGACAUGCUGCUAGUCGAGACCAUACUACACGCCAAGGGCUGGGACAUUGUCGAGUGGGAGAAAAGUUACAACGACCUGCCGAAUAAGCAACUCAAAGUCCGAGUGAAGGACAGAGCUGUUAUAAAAACAUCGAAUGCGGAGAGAAAUUGCCUGACUCCCGAUGGUCUGCAAAAAGAGAUCGACAAGGCUGUCUCCAAAUAUCGAAGAGGUCGAUCUUUCAUUAGGCCUUCCGGGACCGAAGACAUCGUGCGGGUUUAUGCGGAAUGUGAGAACCCGUCGAACAUUGACGAACUAGCCGUGGAAGUAGCUUCGCUCGUGUACAAGUUCGCAGGCGGUGUCGGACCGCAACCCACUUUAUCAGGAUAAGAUUAACAUCGGAGGUUAUAUGUAAGAUGCUCACUUAAAAAAGUCAUACUUGGCUCUAAUAACGAAGUCACUGUACUGAUUGUUUCAAUACUAUAAAGACUGUUAUAGAUAAAAUGUUUAAUAUAUCUCUUCGUACGUCAAACGUUUGUCAGCGUGGGCUAUCUUUUUUGCAUAUAUUCACAAAUAAUAUGGGACCUACAGUUUUAUAUACUAAUCUUCAAUCAAAAUGGUGGCAAAUGAUCAAAUCUGUUAUAAAUUUUGUAUUAUCAUAUUUAGAGCCAAAAGUACAUUAUGAAAAAUUAUAAAUAUUUCACAAUUCCUCGAAUCGCAUAUAGUCCAGCGCUAGUUUCAUAAGACAGGAUAAGAAAAAAAAAAUUUGCGUAUUAUAUGUAUAUACUUGAUGAGCUUUAAAGUCUGAAUGAGAUAAAAAUACAACAAACAGAUAAAAUAUAUUUUACUUUUAUAUCUAUUA